AACACACAAAACUCAUUUUUCAGACCCCAAACAUCUCUCUCUCUCUCUCUCUCUACCCAUCUAGAGAUCUUUAUCAGUUAUGCUAGCAGUUUUCCCCAAAUCUUCCAAACCCUAAACCCAAAUCUACUAAAAAGUUUCCACCAUCUGCUUGAGUUUGGUACGUCCUCGCCCGUUAUUGAUCUAAGAUCCAAUUUCGAACAUCUUCCAAGCUGGAGCAGCUAAAAACAAUCGGUAGGGAGCUCGCAAUGGGCUCCCAAGGCGGAUUCGGGCAAUCGAAAGAGUUCCUUGACCUCAUCAAAUCGAUCGGCGAGUGUCGAUCCAAAGCCGAGGAAGAUCGCAUUGUAUUACGCGAAAUCGAGACCCUGAAGACUAGGCUGUCCAGCCCAAAUACUCCUAAAUUCAAGCUCAAGGAGUACUUAAUCCGCCUCCUUUAUGUUGAGAUGCUUGGUCACGACGCCUCAUUUGGAUACAUUCACGCUGUCAAGAUGACGCACGAUGAGAAUUUAUUGUUGAAAAGAACUGGUUACUUGGCGGUGACUUUGUUUUUGAAUGAGGAUCAUGAUUUGAUUAUUUUGAUUGUGAACACGAUACAGAAGGACUUGAAGAGCGAUAAUUAUUUGGUGGUUUGUGCGGCACUGAAUGCGGUUUGUAGGUUGAUUAAUGAGGAGACGAUCCCCGCUGUUUUGCCACAGGUGGUGGAGUUAUUGGGACAUCAGAAGGAGGCAGUUAGGAAGAAAGCAGUGAUGGCGCUCCACCGGUUUUAUCAGAGAGCGCCGGGGUCUGUCUCCCAUCUCAUUUCCAAUUUCCGCAAGAGGCUUUGCGAUAACGAUCCUGGUGUUAUGGGUGCUGCACUUUGCCCGCUUUUUGAUCUUAUUACGAUUGAUGCUGAUGCUUACAAAGAUCUGGUGGUUAGUUUUGUGAACAUUCUUAAGCAAGUAGCUGAACGCAGACUACCAAAGAGUUAUGACUAUCAUCAGAUGCCUGCUCCAUUCAUUCAGAUCAAAUUGUUGAAAAUUUUGGCCCUGCUGGGUAGUGGUGACAAAAAGGCCAGUGAGCAAAUGUACACGAUCGUGGGUGACAUAAUGAGAAAAUGUGAUUCAACAAGCAAUAUUGGGAAUGCCAUUCUUUAUGAGUGCAUUUGUUGUGUUUCAUCAUUACACCCAAACCCCAAGUUGCUUGAGGCGGCUGCUGAUGCCAUUUCAAAAUUUCUGAAAAGUGACAGCCACAAUCUGAGAUAUCUUGGUAUUGAUGCUCUUAGUCGACUGAUAAAGAUAAGCCCAGAAAUAGCCGAUGCCGCACAGCAUCAACUGGCUGUUAUUGAUUGCUUGGAGGACCCGGAUGAUACCCUAAAGCGCAAGACAUUUGAACUGCUCUACAAAAUGACCAAGUCAUCAAAUGUAGAAGUAAUUGUGGACCGUAUGAUUCAGUACAUGAUAAGUAUAAGUGAUAGCCAUUACAAAACUGAAAUAGCAUCCAGAUGUGUUGAACUUGCUGAGCAAUUUGCUCCAAGCAACCAAUGGUUCAUACAGGCGAUGAAUAAAGUAUUUGAGCAUGCAGGGGAUCUGGUGAAUGCCAAAGUUGCACAUAACUUGAUGCGGUUGAUUGCUGAGGGAUUUGGAGAGGAUGAUGAUGCUGCAGAUACUCAGCUUAGAUCAUCCGCUGUGGAGUCGUAUCUUCAAAUCAUGGGAGAGCCAAAACUUCCAUCUGCCUUUCUUCAAGUAAUUUGUUGGGUCUUGGGUGAAUAUGGGACUGCAGAUGGCAAGUAUUCUGCCUCAUAUAUCACUGGGAAGUUGUGUGAUGUCGCAGAGGCUCAUUUGGCAGAUGACACGGUGAAAGCCUAUGCAAUAACAGCACUUAUGAAGAUAUAUUCAUUUGAAAUAGCAGCUGGAAGAGCAGUGGACGUGCUACCUGAGUGCCAAUCAUUGAUUGAAGAAAUGUUAGCAUCCCACUCAACCGAUCUUCAGCAGCGUGCCUAUGAGCUUCAAGCUAUCCUUAGUUUAGAUGCUAAUGCUGUCGAGAAAAUAAUGCCAAUGAAUUCUACCUGUGAUGACAUUGAGAUUGACAAAAGCCUUUCAUUUCUUAAUGGUUAUGUCCAACAAGCAGUGGAAAAUGGCGCUCAGCCAUAUAUUCCUGAGAGUGAGCGCUCUGGGAUGUCUAACAUUAGCAAUUUCAAGAGCCAGGAAGAUCAUGAAUCAUCAACACAUGCUCUUAGGUUUGAGGCCUAUGAGCUGCCUAAACCCAUGUUGUCGCAAAAUGUCCCUCCUAUACUAGCAUCCUCAACUGAACUUGUUCCUGUCCCAGAGCCAUCAUAUGUUUCCGAUAUCCUCCAACCCGCUACGUCUGCUCCAUCUGGCUCUGAUGCGGGGCCAUCGGAACUCAGGCUACGACUUGAUGGUGUUCAAAGGAAGUGGGGUAGACCUACUUACUCCUCUGCUACACCAUCUACUUCGAGCAAUGAUGCUGUGAAGAUUCAGAAUGAGGCAACUCAACGCGAUUCAGUGGGCAUGUCCAACUCAAAAGCACGUGAUGUAUCUUAUGAUUCAAGAAAGCAGCAAGUAGAGAUUUCACCUGAAAAGCAAAAACUGGCUGCAUCUCUUUUCGGGGGUGUGUCAAAAUCUGAUGGAAGACAGCCUUCUUCUAGCCAGAAGGUAUCAAAACAUCAGAAUCCAACUUCAGAUAAGUCUCGUGCAGCCAAGGCUGCAGCUCCUGACACUGCUGUUGUAAAAACACCCCAAACACCACCGGAUUUGCUGGACUUGAGCGAGCCAUCUAUCUCCAGUAGUGCCCCAUCUGUAGAUCCUUUUAAGCAAUGGGAAGGCCUUCUUGAUCUGAAGCAAGACCCAACCCCAGUAAGUGCUGGUGGAGUUGGUUCGACAGAGACAUCUGAUUUUAUGUCUCUUUUUACGGACAUGUCUUUAAAUGUCCCGUCAGAUGGUGUUGCCGGUACAAUGCCAAAUGUGAUUAAUGGAAAUGGCCUUGGAGGGAUUAUGGCAGAUCAUUCCGCACAACAGUUGAACAAGGGACCGAAUUUGAAGCAAGCUUUGGAAAAGGAUGCACGUGUAAGGCAAAUGGGUGUGACACCAUCAGGUCAGAACCCCAACUUAUUUAAGGACUUGCUUGGCUAAGUUGCUUCUGGAAGGGAACCCUCGAUACAGAUUGAGUUGGAUUUCCUGAGAAUCAUUGCUGUCUGUUUUUCUCCACCAUGGUGUCUAAGCUAUAUAAGAGGAUAUAAUCUAAUGAAACCAGUCGAGAUUCAUUAGCAGAAACCUGGAGGGAAACCUGAGCCAAGUCGGUCAAACCCUCAUGUAUCGGGUAGUAAAAUCACGUGUACUUUGUAUUGGUUGCUGGAGCUCAUGCAAUAUGUAGAGAUAUAGUGCGAGCUAGACAAUUGAGGUUCUUGAACAGUCCAUACAGCUUUGCUAUGCACGUUUUAUACCUUCCAAUUUUUGAAACAUUACAAGGAAUUUCACGGAGACAUGUUGCAUUUCUGACCUUAUGUUCAUAAUAAAGUGCUCCCAGCCAUCCUUUAUGUAUUUGUCCUUAACCUGUUCGUGACUUACUAUUUCUAAGACAUCAAUCUAUUACGUUGUGUUGGAAAACCAGGCUGUUUGUGUAAUACUUGAUUCGUUUUGGCUUGUUUC